AUGUAUUUCGUUGGAGUGGACGUCGGGACGGGAAGUGUUCGGGCGGCGUUAGUCGACGGUACAGGACGAAUUCUAAAAAAAUCUACCAGUGCUAUUCAAACGUGGAAUCCCGAAGAAAACUUUUAUCAACAAUCGUCCGAAGACAUAUGGCGCAGUUGCUGUAAAGUCGUGCGGGAAGUCACAGAAGGAGUAUCAUCGGAGGCGGUCGGAGGUAUCGGAUUUGAUGCUACGUGUUCACUGGUAGUCGUGGACAGUGAUGGACUACCAUUAUCAGUAAGCAAAAACGGAGAACGAGAACAAAAUGUAAUACUGUGGAUGGACCAUAGGGCAAAGAAGGAAGCGGAUUUCAUCAACACAACGAAUCAUCGAGUGUUAAAGUAUGUGGGAGGCAAAAUAUCGUUAGAAAUGGAAACACCGAAAAUUCUUUGGCUAAAAAAUAAUCUACCAAAAAUUACGUUUUGGCAAAAAGUGGGUAGGUUCUUCGAUUUACCCGACUUCCUUACUUGGAAAGCCACGGAUGCCGUCUCCAGGUCACUAUGUACUGUUGUCUGCAAAUGGACGUACUGUGCAGAUCAGGCGUUGGGUAGUGGUUGGGAUCGCUCGUAUUUCGAAGAAAUUGGUCUGGGAGACUUGAGCCAAAACGAUUGGUCGGCGAUAGGCAACGAAAUAUUUGAGCCAGGACGACCAUGUGGCGGUGGGCUGACCGAGAAAGCAGCCCUUGAAAUGGGACUAACCGUCGGGAUUCCGGUGGCCACGUCAUUGAUUGAUGCACACGCCGGAGGACUGGGAAUGAUCGGGAUUGGGUCAAAAAAUCUGACUGAAUUCAAACACCGAUUGGUGAUGAUUGGGGGCACGUCGACAUGUCAUAUGCUACUCAGCGACCAAGAGGUGUUCAUAGACGGCGUCUGGGGACCAUACUACGGUGCCAUGGUACCGGGCCUGUGGCUUCUGGAAGGCGGCCAAUCAGCCACGGGCAAGCUGAUCGAUCAUGUGAUCAACACUCAUCCGGCCGCCAAAUAUCUGAACGUCACUGAAGACGUGAGAGCGGAAGAAUACCUGAACGGGUUACUCGUGAAAAUGGCCGCAGACAGAGGUUUGGAUGCAAUCGAUAGGUUGACGGAAGAGUUUCACGUAUAUCCUGAUUUUCACGGCAACCGAUCGCCCAUAGCGGAUCCCACGCUUAAAGGAAUGAUGGUCGGGUUGACGCUAUCCGUGGACCAAGAGAACUUGGCACUUAUUUAUCUGGCAACGAUACAGGCGCUGUGUUACGGGACUAGGCACAUCAUAGAAUCGAUGGAGAAGAAGAGCGGAGGAUCGUUGAACGUCCAAGAGAUCCUCGUGUGCGGCGGACUCUGCCGAAACUUGACUUUUUUACAGUGUCAGGCGAACGUCGCCGCGCUACCAGUACGUACUUCCACGGAAGACGACUCCGUCCUGAUCGGUUCAGCCAUGUUGGCCGCAGCUGCGUGGAAGUCGUCCAAGUCAUCGGCUGAACUCCGCCCUUGGUCUUCAUCACUCGAGGACGCCAUCACGGCAAUGGCCAGCGACGCUCGCACUCUACACCCUUCGUUGGAUUUACAGGAGUAUCAUAAAAGAAAGUACGGGGUUUAUUUGGAAAUGUUAAAACAUCAGAAUAUGUACAAGAAUAUUAUGUCAAGAAACCCAUGA